CCCAGCCUUUCUGAAGUACUCACGCUUCCCCAGCCUCUUUCCCGCCCCCCUGAGUCUGUGCUUUCCUGCCUGCUUUCUCUUUCUUUUCUGGCUCAGCCUGGGACAGAAGCCUCUAUCAAAGGAGGCUCAGGUCUUGCCGUUUAAAACCAGUAAUGGAAAAACACAAGAACGUUUCCUGGAUCCACCAGCAGGAACUGGCAGAUCCAUCCCAGAAAUACCUGAACAGCACCGAGGACUACCUGGCCUUCCUCUACGGGCCUCCACGCAGCCACUUCUUCUUCCCAGUGACUGCAGUGUACGCGCUGAUUUUCGUCGUGGGAGUCGUCGGCAAUUUCCUGGUGUGCCUGGUGAUUCUUCGGCACCAGGCUAUGAAGACGCCCACCAACUACUACCUGUUCAGCUUGGCCGUCUCCGACCUCCUGGUCCUGCUCCUUGGGAUGCCCCUGGAAGUCUACGAGAUGUGGCGCAACUACCCCUUCCUGUUUGGGCUGGUGGGCUGCUACUUCAAGACGGCCCUCUUUGAGACGGUGUGCUUUGCCUCCGUCCUCAGCGUCACCACGGUCAGCGUGGAACGCUACGUGGCCAUCCUCUACCCGUUCCAGGCCAAACUGAGGAGCACCCGGCGGCGGGCUCUCAGGAUCCUUGGCCUCGUCUGGGGCUUCUCUGCCCUCUCCUCUCUGCCCAACACCAGCGUUCACGGCAUCAAGCUGCACUACUUCCCCAAUGGGUCCUUGGUCCCGGGCUCCGCCACCUGUGCGGUCAUCAAGCCCAUAUGGAUCUACAAUUUCGUCAUCCAGGUUACCUCUUUCCUCUUCUACAUCCUCCCCAUGACUGUCAUCAGUGUCCUCUACUACCUCAUGGGGCUCAAACUAAAGAAGGACCAACUGCUUGGGGCAGAUGAAAUGACUGCAAAUAUUCAAAGACCUGCCAGAAAAUCAGUCACCAAGAUGCUAUUUGCCUUGGUCUUAGUGUUUGCUGUCUGUUGGGCCCCAUUCCACAUUGAUCGGCUCUUCUUCAGCUUUGUGGAGGAGUGGACUGAAUCCCUGGCUGCUGUGUUCAAUCUCAUCCAUGUGGUGUCAGGUGUCUUCUUCUACCUGAGCUCAGCCGUCAACCCCAUUAUCUAUAACCUACUCUCGCGCCGCUUCCGGGCAGCAUUCUGGAAUGUGAUCUCUCCCUGCAAACAGGGGCACUCUCAGCACCACCAACAGGGGCCACCUGCCCAGCGGAACAUCUUCCUGACAGAAUGCCACCUUGUGGAGCUGACUGAAGAUGCAGGUCCCCAGUUCCCUUGUCAGUUAACCAUCAGCAGCUCGCACCCCCCUACAGCCCUCUGUAGUGGACAGGCACCAUGAAAGGGACACUCAAAGAGUUGACAUUCCUUUAUGCCACCAUACUACAGGAAGGGACACCGUGUAAAAUGUAUGCCUUCUUACAUGAUAGUAGGGAGGUAAAAUGAGUCUUACAACUUAUAUACCCACUUCUAAUUGUGUGUGUGUGUGUGUGUGUGUGUGUGUAUUUAAACAAAUUGCUACCAAAUCUGUAUCUAAAACCCAGAACCUUCUGAGUUUUAGCUUCCUUUCCACCAUCCUAACUGCCUCGUGCUCCUUCACUAGUUCAUGGAAAGAAAAAAAAAAUCAUGACCAGUAAAGAAUGACACCUAUACUUUGAGUGAUUUUCACUUUUGGAAACAGUUUGUCCUGAGUCAUCCAAACUCUGAGUCAGGCUCUAACUCUCACAACCAAUGGCCCCUCUGAGAUAUAAAAGGAAGACAUGUAGAUGGUAUGUUACUUUAUAUGACUCAAGGGAACCAUACCAGUGUUCUUCCACAGCAAACUUUUUAUCCUACUGCCUCAUAUUUGGCCUUUUUAAUGUGAUACAUUAGAAUUUUGAAGCCUCUUACUUGAAGAAUCCUCCUGAUAAUAUGGGGAUGCUCCUUAGAACUAUUUAUUCCCACUUUCCUAAUCCACACAUCAUUCUCAGUCAUUCCUCACCAGGAAUCAGAUCAGAUAUAAGUUCUACUUAGAAAAGAAUGGGAAGAUGGAGAAGGCCAUGGUGGAGGGUCAAAAGAGACAUAAACUAUACCAAAUACAGGCUUAGUUGUUUUCAUAGUUUUGUCUAGACAUGGAUUUCUGAAGUCUUACUCCAUACAUAGAGGUAUGGUCUACUAUCUAGGGAAAAAAAACAAUCAUAUAGUAACUACUAGUCUCAAUCCUAUGACUUUCACUGACCAAAUCCUUCAUUACCUAUAUAACACUCUUAGCACAUAUAAGAAAAAUCAACUUUCCAGACUCCUCUUCUAUUAUAUAAUCACAUGUAAUGUAUAUUCUAUUCAAAAUAGAAUACUUGCUUUUCUUAUGAAAAUAUGCCCUGGUUAUUCCGGCUGUACAUAUUUGCUUAUAAAAUUCCCUCUUUGUCUCUAGUUUCCAUCUGUUGCUGUCCUACCCAUCCUUCAAUGCCCAUCUCAGUGUGUCACCUCCAUAAAACCCUGCUUGAUUUAUUCAAAUAGAUGUGGUAUCUGACUUGUCAAUCUCUCUCUUAAGCUUUUUCCUCACUCUGCUUCGUAUUUCAGGGAUUUAUAUCCUUGUUUUGUCAGAAUGUAAAUUUUUCAAAAGCGUGAA